AUGACUGACGAUGCUUCUACUGCCUAUAUAUGCAUCUAUUGUCCAUUCAAUUCGGAUAACCUAGAGGCACUCGAAAAUCAUUUAACAAAUACGCACGGGCACGGGUGUCAAGAUGUACUACAACCACCACCAUCACAAGCACAAUCGUCAUCAUCAUCAUCGAACAUUAUUAACAAGGCCGGUAAACGCGAGGCGCCUGAUGAUGAACAGUCUCAAUCGUCAUUGAAUGGUAUUAAACAAACAAAAGAACAUUCAUUAGGUGUUAAACGAGUUAAACGUACAUUAUCUCCACAAACACCAGCGAAUAUAUUUGUAAAUGGUACUAAUGAUAAUUCUGAUCAAGAAGAUGAUGAUGAUGAAUUUGAUGAUGAUGAAGAUGAAGAUGAUGAAAGAGAUUCAACAUCAAAUCCAACAACAAUGUCACCAAAAGCUAUUUUAACAUGUCCAACAUGUGGUUCAACAUAUCAUCGUCUUGGACAUCUUUUACGACAUGCAAAACGAAAACAUCGUAUUGAUCUAUCAAAUUAUGAUGGACCACAUACAUUUGAUAUUCUUACAUCACAAACAAAUCAGAUUGAAACAUCUGAUAUUGAAAUAAAUAAAAAUUUUAAAGAACAAAUAAAUCCAAUAAAAACAGAAGAUAUGGAUUUAUCUGAUAAAUCAUCUCAACAACAAAAUGAAACAAUAUCUGAAACAAAUGCAACAACGGAUUGUCCAUAUUGUGAUUAUAAAACAACGGAUAUUGAACUAUUUAAAUCACAUAUUAUAGCUCAUAUACGUGAUAAAAAUUAUCGAUGUUUAUUAUGUAAUCGUUUAUAUAAAUAUCGAGGUGAUUGCUCAUUUCAUAUACGUCGUAAACAUCAUCGAUAUAGUACAAAUUCAAAUGAUUAUAUUCAACGAUUUUUAUUUGAUACAACUGAUGGUGAUGAAACUAUGUCAACACAAUCCGGUAUACAUGGAUCAUCAUUAAAUGGUACAAUUAAUAAUCCAAAUGCAUCACGUGAACAAGAUGAACCUGUACGUUAUUUUGGUUGUCCUUAUUGCGAUUAUACAUCAAAUUAUGGUGGUGAUGUUCGAAAACAUCAAGCACGUAAACAUCCUAAUGUUGAAUCAAAAGUAAUAAAAAUAAUUCGACAAGAUUCGGAACAUCAAGCUUUUCCUCCAUCAAUAAAUCCUAAUCAACAUGAUGAUAAUGAUGAUGAUCAUGUUGAUGAAGAUGCUAAUAAUAUAAUAUCGAAACCAAAUAUUAAUCUGAUUGAACAACAAGAACGUAAAGAAAAAAUAAAAACUGUAAAAAAAACUGAUGUGAAUUUCAUUCAACAACAUCCAUCAACAUUACCUAUGUUACCUAAUUUUGCACCUGUAAGAGUUUUUCAAUGUAGUUCAUGUCAUCAACAAGGUACAUAUAAAUGGGUUGUUGAAAGACAUAUACGUGCUAAACAUCCUGAUCAACCUGAUGCACAUGUUAUUGAAUUACCAGCUGAAUUAGCUGUUAAAUUACAAAAAAUAACACCACCAUUAAAACGUUUUCGUUGUUCAUUAUGUCCAUUACAAUCGAAACAUACAUGGGUUAUUAUUCGUCAUAUUAAACAUUUUCAUACGUUACAAACAGCAUCUGUUCUUGAUAUACAACCAGAUGGAACACCACCAAAUGAUGAAUCAUUUUCAUUUCAAAAUGGAGAUUUUUCCAAUAAAUCUUUUAAUCAUGAUUCGGAAUCAUCAUCAAUCAGUAGUUCAUGUAAUGAAACUGGACUAGAUGUUCAAAAUGAUUCAUUUGCUCAACAUGAUCCUGAAGAUGAAGAUGAUGAAAGUGAUAAUAUUCGAUCAUCAUCAUCAUUAAAUCCUAAUACAAAUGGUACAAUGGUAUUUCUAUAUAAAUGUUCUGUAUGUGAUUUUACAUCUAAUGUUCCAUGGAAUAUUCAAAAACAUAUCAAUGAUUUACAUUCUGAUCAACCAAAUGCACAUAUGUUAACACAAUGUCGAUCAACAAUAACAGAUCAAACUCAAAAAUCAAAUAUAAAAAAAUCGAAAAAUAAAAAUGGAAAUAAUCAAACAUCAACAACAAUAGCAACUGUAACUAAAAUGUCAUCAACAGCUCCAUUAUCUCCAACAAGUGCAUUAGCUAAAGCAAAAUUUUCUCCUGCAGUUGAAGAAGCUUUAUUAUCAUUACAAGGUUCAAAAUUAAAUUCUGGUCUUUAUGCUGUACAACCGAAAUUUGGUAUAAAACGUUUAAAAUGUCGUCAUUGUUUUUAUCGUUCAAAUUGGAAAACUGAUAUGAUUCGACAUGUACGAAUAAGACAUAAUUUAACUGAGCCUGAUCAUAAUAAAGAUAUGAUUAUGAUGACUGAACAAGAAGCACGUUCAACUAUUGAAACAUAUGAAAAUACAUUUGGAAAAGAAUUACGUCGACGUACAUUUCGAACAUGGAACGAUUGGGCUAAAGCCGAAGAAGAAUUUACACCUAAAGAUGGUUCACUACAAUAUAGUAAUGUCAAUGGUAGUGGAAUACCAAUAAUUGAUAUUAAUAAUAAACCAAAGAAACAUCCACAAAUAUCAUUAUCAACUAAUGAUGAUACAAAACGAAUAAAUAAAACUAAAACUAAACAUGAAUCGAAAAUAAUAUCACAAAAUUAUAAUCAAGGAUUAUCAAAUACAAAAGAUGAUCUCAAACAAUUACCUAAUCCAUCAAAUAUUGUUUCACGUUUAUUAUUAACAACAUCACCAUCACAUAGUAAUGAUGAUGAUGCACCAUUAGAUCUUUCACUUAAACCAUCAUCAAAUCAUCAAUUAUUAUCACCAAUAGAAAUAAUGCGUUAUAAUGAAAGUAAUAAUAUUCAAAUAAAAGAUGAUCUUGAUGAUCUCGAUGAUGAAGAUAAUUCCGAUGGAAAUUCAACUGUUAAUUAUCUAUGUUCUGUAUGUCCAUAUAAACGUUCGAAUUAUAAUUUAGUACAACGUCAUUUAUUAUUUCAUUUAACUGGUCAAGGUGUUGUUUGUCCUCUUUGUUCUUAUACAACAUUAUCUCAUAAUUCAAUGAUUCGUCAUAUGACAAUCGUGCAUCCAACUAGUCAAACAAUAAUUAAAUUUGCACCAGUAAAUCAAACAACAAAUGCAAAUAUAAUUGAACAACAUCAAUGUCCAAUAUGUUCAUAUCAAUGUGAACGUUCUGAAGCCUUAGAAGUUCAUCGUCGUCUUGAACAUGAUGAUGAAGAAUUUGAUAUUGAUUCAUCAUCAGGUAUUGGUGGUGGUGAUGAAAUUGAUGAAGAUGAAAUGGAUAAUGAUGAUAUAAAUUUACCGGUCGAUACAAAUAAUAAUAUUUUUCAAUGUCCAUUAUGUACACCUUCGUCAAAUACAACUAAUUAUUCAAAUUUAGAACAGUUUACCAUGCAUGUAUUUACCGAUCAUAAUAAUCAUAUGCAAAACAAUCAAUCAUGUCCAUUUUGUUCAUUUAUUGCUCAUAUAACAUCUACAUAUACUUUAGUAGAACAUAUAAAACUUCAUUUUAAUGGAACACUUGUACAACCCGAUCCAAUUGUUGGUUUGGAAAAUGUGAAAGAGUUAUUAAUUGAAUAA